UUGCGCACUGUGACAGGAACCGCGUCACGAACGGCCUCUUCUUCUACGACCGCGCGGACACGCUUCUUCUUCGCUGGUUUCAAACUGUGGUUGACUGUGCGGCGCGCCCCCCGCUGGGCGGGAGAGUGAAGUCAGCCCAGUGAAUCCAACAUGGACGCAGAAAAUCCCAGAGAAGCUUCCACAGGUGGAACAGGUGCAGCAGCGCUGUGACUGGCCACAAGAGUCUGCAGGCGAGGAGCUCACGGAGCUGGGUGUAGGUGUGCUCAGAGCAGAGGGAGGUGCAACAGGUUUCCACUGCUGCAGGGGGCGCCGACGCUCAAUCUGUGAGCUUGCAGCAGGAGGAUCACCCUCCGACCAGACGGACACCUGCCUGCCCGCCUGCCUCUCUCCUCUUGUGGCUCUUUUGGAAAUCCGGAGCUUCACACCGGGACACCGUCAGCUCUCAGCACUGCUCACCGCGCACUGAGGGCGGCUGCAGGACGGCUUAGGGGCCGCUGUCACUCCUGGAUGUACGGAUGGACAGAAGGCUCUCGUGUCUCACCUUGGGAGGAGAGCUCAGUCUGCAAUGUCUGACCCCUGACCUCUGAUCUCCCUGACAUAUCCCUCGAAGGAGGAAAAGAGUUCUGAGGAGGGAUGGAAGGUGGAGGAGAAGAGGAGAGCCGAGGAGAAGAGACUGAAACUCCCUCCAAGCUUUGGAAAGCCUCACAGAGAGGAGGAGGAGGAGGAGGAGGAGAAGCUUGCAGACAAAAUGGCCUCAUAAACACCCGCAGGCUGGGGGUGGAGCCUCGGGAGGCACUCCUUUCAGUGUACUCCGCUCCUCAAUAUCAGAGUCAAGUGGUGGUGAGCACCUCCCCUCAGCAGGAGCACAGCAGGGGUCCUCCACAGCUCCUGAACCCCAGCGCCCUCCUGCCCCAUCAUGGGGCGUCAGACCCCCAUCUCAGGCCGACCCCCGGCCUCUUCCUGUGCCCAGAGAGCGUCCUGCGGGCCUGGGGGGAGGCCGGGGGAGGCGACUGCUGUGAGACUACCUUCAUCGAGGGACUUGGACCAGAAGCCUCCUCUUCCUCUGCCACCGCCUCCACAAAGGAGGUGCUGCUGUUUGCUGACGGGAAGUAUCUGGAGUUUUCUGGAGAGGACGCAAAGAUUCACACGCUGUCGUACGACAUCGAUGAUGACGACGACUUCCAGGAGCUUGAGAGCGAUUACUCCAGCGAAUCAGAGAGCGAGGACGCCUUCCUGCUGAUGCCUCCCAGAGAUCACCUGGGCCUCAGCGUCUUCUCCAUGCUCUGCUGCUUCUGGCCGCUCGGCAUUGCCGCCUUCUACCUAUCGCACGAGACCAACAAGGCGGUGUCCAAAGGAGACUUUCACCUGGCCAGCUCCAGCUCAAGGCGGGCUCUCUUCCUUGCUGUCCUGUCAAUCACCAUUGGGACAGGUAUCUAUGUGGGUGUGGCCGUGGCACUCAUUGCCUACCUCUCCAAAAACCACCAUUGGUAGCCCUGACAUCUGAGAGCAAACAUACCCAUCAGCUGCUCACCUUCACCUGGAGUUCAGCUCCCAAGUGAGUGUUUCCAGCAUGUUGGCGGUCAUCACGAGCUGGAGGAGGAUUUCCAUGAUGGUGUCUGAAUCAACAGGUUAUGUGUUCGACAGGUCACUGUGCUGUUCUGAAGGACUUGAACCUGAAGCUUUGAGACCAAUCAGAUCCCAGGAUCUGUGGUGAGAAAACAGAGAAGAACCAGCAGCCUUUUUUUUUCAAAGCUUCUGAUGGUGUUACAGUUUGUUCAAAGGAACGUGUCCACUGUGAUUAUUUUGAUCUGCAUUUACACCAGUUAGUUUUAGUUCAGCUCUUGGUGCAGCUUUUACAAACACACAGUAUUUUUAACUCCUAGGAACUCGUCAUCCAAACAGCACUGAGUCAGUGUUAAUCACUUUAACUGAAGAACCAUCAGAUCUAGAAGCAUCUAUUACUUAAUCUUUCAUUUGCAUGACAGUGUAGGUUAUUUAAUACACAGUUCUCUUUAGGGAAGGUUAAAUAAACUAUGAAGAUGAUAUUGUAUUCAGGGUGAAAACUGUUUCUCUGCUAGUAAAAGACAUUCAGCAGGAAGAAAAGCAGAAGGAUUUUUAAAUAACCAAACAUCAGGAGCACUAAGAAACCUCCGUAUCAAAGAUUGAUAGCUGAUAAGUUGCUGAUAACUCAUACAAACCUUGUUCUUUUGUUCAGGACUGGCCUGCACCCAGCAGAUGGUGCUGCUGCACAGACACAGAUGAAACUCAAAGAACCAUUAGCUGAAUAAGAUGAAAUAGCUUUACCUCUAGACUUCCCCGUUUGCAAACACAACCCUCAUUUUAACAACCCUCUGACUUUUUUUUUUUAAAUAAAUUUCUCACCAGGCUCUCUUCAAAUGAAGUUAAACAAAUGAAGAAAUAAAAUGCUGAAUGUGACCUCGAUGUAAAAUUAUCUACAGUGAUGAUUAAUAGAAAGGAAAGUGGGAAGUGAGAAAAUAAAAAUCACACUGAUUAUGAACAUCAACACAUAGAUACCUGUCCUCAGAUGGGCUCAGGUGGACUAGGUUUCUGGACUGACUGGGUCCUGUUUGCAUAUCAGGACACAAAGUCCGGAAGACAUUUUUCUUCAGUUAUUUAUUUUUUGGAAAAACUGGACUUUUUUUGGACUCGUCUGAUAAAAAAGAAACUGCUGAACUCGUGUUUCUUUCUCUCUUACCAUAAAAACUGUUGGCUGAUCCGAUGAGAUUGGCCUCAUCGUUCAUCCUGUUGGCUUUAAAACAACCAAACCAACACAAACAACACCAAUACUCCAGCAGCAAGGGUGGAGAGACAACUGGUGGUCCAGACCCAUUUUCUACUGUUAUGGUCUCUACAGUAGCUGGAGGCCUGACUGAGACUUAAUUUGGCAUCUGAACGUACAGUUUAGUCAUGAAACUUUCAAUUGGACAUCUGUAAUUAUCAGGACAUACAUCCAGGUUCUUCAGAUCGCCAAAACAACUUCAAAUUUCUUUCUUUCUUUUUUGUUUGGUUUGAUGGUCAUUGAUGUCAAAAACAGGUUUGGUAUGGGAAGAGAAUUUAUUUGAAAGUCUACAGACAUCUGGUUCAGAAUCAGGACAUCUGUUUGGCUUUAACAUGACAAACUUUGUCAGAUGGAGGUCAAAAUUAAAAUUUCAGAACCUGAAAAGGCAUCAGAAGCAUUGAUAUAGUGUCUGGUUAGAAAGUCCAGGAAACCAUUUGCAGGUCAGUGGAUGUGUAAGACAUGUUCUUGGAUCCUCUUGUGCAGGUGAACAUUGGGUAAUGACUUCUCGUAGUCAUGUGCUGACAUCCAGAAAAGGUAAUAUAAGAACUUUGUUGGAUGAAUUUAUAGGUCUUUUCAGGGUGUUUUUGAAGUUAAUUUAAG